GACUGCAUCUCUUAAACUUGAUUCUUUUGAACAAAGAAAAGAAAAGUCAUUUGAUAUAAUCCUAUGUUUCUUUUUUCUUUGCUUGUCUUUCAUUACUUUGCAGGAACAAACCUGGUUAAGGGAAAACCACCUGGCUGAAAAUGGAGACAUCAGCGUUCAGCUGCUGGGUUCUUUUUCUGCUGAUUUACCCAGUUGUUCCCAUGUGUCUCCCCACAGAGUUCACAUUGUUCGUGGAAAAGCCAGAAUGUGACUAUUGUGUGGCGAUCAACACUACUAUCUGCAUGGGAGUUUGCUUCACAAGGGACAGCAACAUCGGGGAUAUUUUCCACUCACGCUUCGUUUUCCAGAGAAGCUGCACCUAUGAUAAGGUGGAAUAUCGCACAGUCAUUCUGCCUGGCUGUGCUAUUGGCUCUAACCCUGCAUAUACCUACCCAGUAGCUAUCAGCUGCCACUGUGGUGCCUGCAGAACUGAAAGGGAUGAAUGCACACGCAGAGUCAACGUCUACGAUGCUAACUGUGCUAAACCAGUCAGACGCGUUUAUCCUUAUCCCGGUCAAAGCAACUACAUGAUCCCAUUUUAAUCCUUCUGUUUAUGUAAGAAAAUAAAGGUUUUUACUUCUUAUCUUAUAAUAGACCGUAGAUGGUUUGCACUGUUUCAUUCUAUUUAAUCUGAUUAUUGACUAAUAAAGCUAUAGUUUGACAUCUUA